AAGUGGAGGUACAGCCGGAAGUAGUUCUGAAACCCAGGCAGGCCGAGUUUGACAAGAGCCGGAGCUGCAGAAGGUGUCUGGCCAUGGAGUUGGGCGAAUUGCUCUACAACAAGUCCGAGUACAUCGAAACGGCGUCUGGGAACAAAGUUAGUCGGCAGUCAGUGCUGUGUGGAAGCCAGAACAUUGUCCUCAAUGGCAAGACCAUCGUGAUGAACGACUGUAUUAUCCGAGGGGAUCUAGCAAAUGUAAGAGUUGGACGCCACUGUGUUGUGAAAAGCCGCAGUGUCAUCAGGCCACCAUUCAAGAAAUUCAGCAAAGGAGUUGCAUUCUUUCCCUUACAUAUCGGGGACCACGUCUUCAUUGAGGAAGAUUGUAUAGUCAACGCCGCUCAGAUUGGUUCUUACGUUCACGUCGGGAAGAACUGUGUGAUUGGGCGCCGAUGUGUGUUGAAAGACUGUUGCAAAAUUCUUGACAACACAGUGUUACCCCCAGAAACUGUGGUCCCACCAUUCACCGUCUUCUCUGGCUGCCCAGGACUCUUCUCAGGGGAGCUCCCGGAAUGUACCCAAGAGCUGAUGAUUGACGUCACCAAGAGCUACUACCAGAAGUUUUUGCCCCUGACACAAGUCUAG